AUGCGUAUCGUGAUGAUCCAUGCGCUUCGCCACUCGCAGGCACCGAUUGAAGCAGCGUUCGCUCGGCUCUGGCCAACAGCGUCGCUGGCCAACCUCACCGACGACUCGCUCGCGGCCGACCUCGCCGCCCUCGUUCGCGCCGACCCACCCGCGCCCGGCGCGGCGCCGCGCCUGUACGACCCGAUCCAAGCACGCUUUCACUUUUUGAGCUCGUACGCCACGACCGAAAUGGCUGGCGAUGCGCUUUUGUUUACGUGCUCGGCGUUUGGGAGCUACAUUGACGCCGUCGCGGCCCGCGUUGCGCCCACGCCUGUGCUCAAGCCCAACGAAGCGAUGCUCGACGACCUGCUCGUGAUGGCCCGCGCAUCGAACGCGACAGAAGCGGACCCGUUCGUCGUUGCGCUCGCGGCAACGUUCUACCCGACGUUGGGCUCGAUGCUCGAGGAAAUCGAUGCGCUGCGUGGCGCAUCGCCCGAUGUCCAUCUGCGUAUCGUGCCCGUGCACAUUGAAGGCGCGCUCGAGGCGCUCAACGCCGGCGACAGCGACCGCCACAAUGCGUUGGCGGCCGCCGCCGUGUCGGCGGCUCUGGCCGCGACGCCUGUCCAUGCCGUGGCGCUGGCGCAGUUUAGCCUUGCGCAGAGCGCGCCGCUGGUUGCUGCGACGACGUCGCUGCCGGUACUCACGACGCCCGAUGCGGCGGUCGCUGCGCUGCGCCGGCGACUGCUGGCCACCUCGUCAAGCGACGUCGGUUGCCACCGAAACCGCUCUACGUACUCGGAGGAUAUGGAGAAGAAGACGGUGCUGACGGACGACUGGGAGUCGGACCUCGCGGCCAUCAUCGAGAAGACCAACCAGAACCUCAACCUCCUCCGCAAGAUUGGCGAGAAGCGCGAAGACGCGCCGGCGAAGAAGGCGAUGGCGAUGAUGAGCCGCGCCAAGUCGUCCAACGCGCUGGGCGCAGCGCGGGAACCGACGGCCGGCAAUGACCGGACGCGCGCGAGCAUUGCCACCGACGCCUCGAUCCACAAGUGGAAGCAAGUCCUUGACGACUCGACGACGUUGAAGCGCCACAUUGCACACAAAAUGCUGGAGUCGACCAAGGCCAAGGACAAGGACAAAGGGCCGCGCCGGGCCGCGAGCUCGGCGUGGGAAGCGCCGUCGACCGUCAACACCAAUCAAGACGACCGCGAGGCGCGGGCCGCGCAUCAGCCGCUCUUGUCGCUCGACGAAAUCAAAAAGAGCCUGCAAGUCGAUAUUGCGUCGCGCGCCAGCCUCCUCGAAAAGCAAAUCGCCGAUCUGCGCACCGACUAUCAAACCAUCGCGGGUGAAAGCGGCGCCGCGUCGUUGAAGCUCCAGCAACUCUCGACGCAGCUCGAGGCCAAAGCGAACCACGUGAGCAGCGUGGAGCAUACGUUGCAAGAGCAGUCGGCAAUCCUCGGACGACUGGAUGUACAGGCCAACCACGUGUUGAAAUGGAAGGCCGCCGUCGACAUCGAUCUACAGACACAGACUGCCAAGGCUGCCCUGGUCGACGGCCUCGAAAAGAAGGUCGUGUCGCUCGAGCGCACCGUGGCAGAGCUCGCGACGCGACUUGCCAAGGCAUCAGACGUCGAACAGUCCAUCGAGCACUGUACACUGCGCAUCUCGCAGCUCGAAGCCAAGGCCGCCAAGUCGUUUGAUACUGCGACGCUCACGCAUACCAUGGAGACCGUGGUGACGAAAGCGAUGCAGGCCUACGACGACCGCCUCACACGGCGCCUCGAAGCGCUCACCGACAUGCAAGAGACGAAAAAUGCCAGUUUUCUCAAGACGAUCCAGGGCCAGCGAGAAAAUUAUGAAAAAGCGAUUCAGUACGCGUUGGAAGCCAGUGUUGGCGAUCUUCGCAACGAAGUCGACGCACACACCAAGCGGACGGACGCGCGGUCGCAGGACAUGGCCACGUCGUUGGAUCUGCGCUUGACUGCGCUCGCCAAGCGUGUGGCGACCGUUGAAACAAAAUCGAGCGCCAUCGAGAGCGACGGUGACGCUACGAAGAACGCGAGCGAGCGCGACGAGCUUUUGAAAAAGGCCGUGCUGCGGCACAUCGCCGACACGUACGUCUCCAAGCAGCAAGUCACGACGCUGCUUGUGGACGAGCUCGAGGCCCGGGGCACCAUCUCGGCGUGGAAGCGGCUCGAAACGUCCGUCUCCAAGAUGUACCGUGAAUUUGACCAGAAAUGGCACGACGCGACCAAGUGGGUCGACGACCUCAAACUUCAAGUCGAGAAGACCUCGGCAGGGCUCUUAACGAUGCAGAGCAGCGUGCAGAAGAGCCAUGUCACCGAGACACAAGCGCUGCGGGCCAAGCUGCUACAGUGCGUGAACGAACUCGACCAGCUCCAGAGCACCAAGCUCGAUAUGGACGCCCACUUUGCGCGGCUCGAGAAGGACCGCGAUAUGCAAAUCCAAAAACUUCAAAGUCGCGUGUCGGAGGCCGAAGCCAAGCGCGAUGCCGACGUCCUUGCACUGCAAAAUGCGCUGCAGUCCAAGCUGUUGCAGAUUGCGUCGACCUCCGGCCAAGUCGAAGUCAUGAAGGCGCUCUGGAAGCACGAGCAGUCGACGCUGCGCGUCUGCAAGUCCGACUUGAGUAGCGCCCGCCACGAAGCACUAUCGUACAAGCUCAAGCUCCAGAGCGCCGAGAAGGACAAGGCGCGCACGGCGCUCGACCAAAAGCAGGCGAUGGACCGUCUCACGGACCGAUUGGCGCGGCUCCAAAAGCAGUGGCAGGCCGCCGACCGCGACCGCGCGGCCGCGCAGACUUCGCUCCACGCGCUGCUUCAGGACGACGCGCGAAAGCGAGCCAAGCUCGCGACACUGCAAGGCGUCUUGCAGCGGCUACAGGCCGCCGCGGCAGCGCAACCGCCACAAGCAACGGCCCCGCCAAGCGAGCUGGAAGCCACUGUGCACGAAAUGGCAGCGCAGACGCACACGAUCCACGCGCUCCGAGCCAACGUUACCGAGCUCGAGGCUGCCAAGAAGGCAUUGGAAUCCAACCUCCAGGCGUCGCGAGUGUCGUUCGAGGCGGAGCUGGCGGCGCUCCAAGCAAGCCACGACUCCACGCUGGCCGCGCGCGAGGCCGCAUUGACGCAGAUCUCGAACGCACUCGCGUCGCAGUCGGCGCAGCAUACGCACGUGUGUGCCGUUUUGACGACGAUGGCCAAGGACGUUGGCGCGUCGAUAGAGGCGGCUGACGAGAGCGCCUUGGCGUGUGUCGCAGCGCUCCAGACGACGUGGGCCGAGCGUGUGCAGCAGUGGGAGACGGUCCAGGCACAAGCGCAGGCCGAGAGUGCUACGGCCAUCGAGACAUUGCGCACCCAGCUGGCCGACGCUGCGGCCAUCCACGAGAACGACAAGGUGGCGUUAGAGGCGCGUAUAUCAACUCUCGCCAUCGAGCUCGAGACGCUUUUGGAGGAGAAAGCGCAGUUGGAAGCCCAUGUCCGGACCCAGGAAGACGCAGUGGCACAGCUGCACCAAGAGUACCAAACGGAUGGCUCGAGCUUGGAGGCUCGGAUCGAGGCGCUACAAGACGAGCUCGCGUCGCGCGUCAACGACGUGGAGCAACUGCGCAACGAACUCGCAUCGGCAUCCGAGGCGACGUCGGCACUGGAAGAAGAACUGUACGAAGCGCGUACUACGCUCGAGACGAUGACCGACGCAACCGCAAGUGAAAAGGCCGAGCUCGAGGCCAAGAUGCGCGCGCUGGAAGACGCUCUCUCGACGAGCCACGACGAUAUGAAAGCACUUGGUAGCGCGCGAGAAGAAGAUGCGAUCCAGCACAGCGAUGCCAUUGCGAGCCUCGAGACGGCGAUUGCUGCCCGCGACGCGACCAUUCUGGCGCUCACAUCGGAGAAAGAAGCACUCGUCCUCGCACAAGGCACAUUGAAAGCGGACUCCGACGCGUCGCUUGCAGCGUGGGCCGCCAAAGAAGCCGAGACGCCCUCACGUCAGCGCAAGCGACCCAUGCCGCCGCUGCACGUGCAGCGUAGCGCGACGACCGCGAUGGAAGACGACUUGCGGCGGCUCGUGACCGAACUCCGUCUGCCGUGCGCCGAGUCGACGUCGACGCUUGUAGCCACGCUGCAAGCCCACGUGGCCGAGCUCCAAGCAGCGCUCGACGACGCCAGCGACGAGCGAGACGCGAUCGUCACCGCGCUCGAUGUCUCGUCGCUCGACGAUGUACCCGCCGCCGCGGCGCAGCUUCGACAGAGCUCGAUGGACACGGUGCAGAACCUGGCGGCGGCCGAGAAGGCGCUCGCGCUGCUUCGACUUGAACUCGAGGCGCGCUCAAACGACCUCGAGGCGACACGAGCGUCGUUGGCACGCUUGGAAGCCAGCGCGGCAUGUGACAAGGCCGCGGCACUGGCAGCGCUCCAAGCCACCGAAGCUCAAUGGACGGCCGAGCUCGCGCAGUCCAAGGCCGCGUUGGCGCCGCUCGAGCUCGAGGUGGCGGCCAAAUCGUGCGAGGUCGAGGCACUUCAGAGCCAAGUCGUGGUCGCGGAAGCCGCUUUGGCGCGCUGCGACAGCGAAAUGAGCUGGCUCCUUCACGAGAUCACCGUCGACGUCGAGGCGCUUCGCGGCGAAGUCGACACACUCGAAGACGCCACGGAAGCCCACAUGCAGACGCUCCUCGAGUCCCAGGCGGCGCACGACGAGCAGUACAGUGCGAUUGGGCACGCCCAAGAUCGUCUCGAAGGACUCCAGAGCCAGCUGCAGACGCUGCGGCAGCAAGUCGCGGCCGUCCCCAUGCAACUCUACCAGCUGCAGCACCUCCAGUCGUCACUCACCACUGAAGCCACCGCGGUCCACAAGCAGCGCGACGAGCACGAGAAGGAGCGCCUUCGCUUGCGCCUGCUCGAAUCCGAGUGCGCCGCGAACGCCGAAGUCGCGUUCACCGAGCUGACGGCCUUGUUUGCGGCGCACGGCGGCGACACCUCGCAGCACGCGUACAUCAUGAAGACGAUGUCCCACUUGCCGUCGCUAGCUGCGCGGCUGCAGUCGGUGGCCGCAACGAUCGGCACCAUGACCGCGCACUCGACCGAUGCAAGGACUCACGCAGCGGGCGACGGCGCAUUACCGAAGACGAGCGUUGCAGAUAUCGAGGGUGUGGCGAACCACGACGAUACGACACACGGACACGGAGCUGCGUUCCAUGAGGCGGCUACGGAGGAGGACGGAGACGACGAUGGCGUCGUCAGUGACAGUAACGAAGACACGAUUGAAAAACGUCCGAAUGCCAACGGUUCCGAGGCGACGAUUCAAGCACUUGCGGUGCCCAACAACCGGCCGGCAUCGCCGACGGCCGCCGACGACACCCCGUGCGACAUGCACAAAGCAACGAGCUUUGCUUCGGAUGAUGACAAUGAUGACAAUGAUGACGUCCAUGACGACGACGAUGACGCGCAGGAAGAGAGCGCAGAUGACGAGCCGCAAGAAACCGAAAUCGACACCCGCGUCCUGUCUCCCGAAGGUCUGGACCUGCGCGGUGACGCGCACGAAGGUGCAGACGAUGCUGCUGAGAGCGAUGCCGAGCUAUCGGACGACUUUGAUGCAGAAUACGACGAGCCGGAAGUCGCUACCGAUAGCGCAGUGGGUGCCAUCCAUAGCAAUGCUGUCGACCUGGCGCCUCUCCCCGAGUACGAGGCAGACGAAGGACCCGAUGAGAAAGCGACAGAAAUCGCUGCCGAGGUCGACAACGACAGAAGCGACGACGAGUCUGAGCAAAUGCACGUCUGCAAGACGAGAACGGGGACGAAGCACACGCCACGCCACGUUCCGCCAUCGGCAUCGCGGGGCCCACGCCCGAUGCUGCCCACGAUGCUGCCAUCGAUCGCAGUGGGUAUCCCAUGAGCGACGAU